UUGUGUAUUAAAAAAAUGUAUAGGUAUUUCGAUCGGUAUCAGCUGUUCGUCCCUGUAACCUUAAUUUUAUUCAUAUUUGCGGUCUCGAAAAUGUCUGAAAAUCAAACGGAACAGCCGAAGUUCGUCAAUAUACAUUUCGAAGUGUUUGGCAGAGUUCAAGGUGUGUUCUUCAGGAAGCAUACCCAGAAGAGAGCUUCGGCUCUUGGACUUGGCGGAUAUUGCAUGAACACCGAGAAGGGGACAGUUACUGGUGUCAUGGAAGGAAAUGUUGAAAAAGUCGAAAUUAUGAAGAAGUGGUUACGUGAAGUGGGAAGUCCAUCAUCUCGCAUUGACAAAGCUGAAUUUACAAAAGAAAUAUCGAUUCCGCGACAGUACGAAAAGGAAUUUAUCGUCCGGCUAUAAAAGUUCUUAUCUUAAUGUACUAAUGCUUUAUUCUUCAGUAUAAUCAUUUUUUUAAAUUAUUAUGAUUAUUAUAUCAUCAGGUUUAAGAUAUUUUGUGAUCUACUUUAAGAAAUCCUUCCUUUACAUUAUAUGUUUUUGUAAUAUGUUUUAAAUAAAACAAUACGUUCGUUGUU